CUACAGAGAAAAUCUUAACUCUACUCUUUGAACAGCACAUAGAAAAGCAAAGAAAAUGUCCCUCUCCUCUACUUCUCCUAUCAUUCUUUAAGAUCAUUUGCAUAGGUACCUAUACGAUCUCAAUCAAUUAGGACCUCAUUUUAUUCUUCAUUUCUCUCCAACUAUUUUCAAUACUUCUCCUAUCAGCCCUUUCUUUUUCAAAUCCUUCAUUGCAUAUAUAGGUGCUGAAAUGAGGCCUGCCUAUGUUUUCUUUGUCUUGCUAUUCCUUUCAUGGGCAGCAAAUGCAAUAAGCUGGGGUUCCAAAACUAAUGGUGACACUUAUGUUAGAGAUGCAUGUAGUGUGACUAGGUAUCAGGACCUCUGCCUUCACUCACUAUCAUCAUUUUCACAAGUGGCUAAAAGAAGUCCUAGCAUAUGGGCAAGGGCGGGUGUCUCAGUCACAAUAGGUGAGGCUAAAAACAUUACCCAGUACUUGAACAUAUUGAAGAGAAAUAAGAUCAUGAAAGGCAGAAACAGAAUUGCCCUAUCAGAUUGCAUCGAGUCUUUCAGUGACACCAUUGACAAUCUUCACAAAUCACUUGGGAUUCUCAGAAAGCUUGAUGCUGCCAGCUUUGAUGUUCAAAUGGGUGAUGUAAUUACUUGGAUGAGUGCUGCACUUACAGAUGAAGAGACUUGCUUGGAUGGUUUUCAGGAGCAAAAGACCAUCAGUAGGCAAGCUAGAGUCCUUCUGAAUAGGGUUUCAAGAAUCACUUACCUCACUAGCAAUGCACUGGCUCUUGUAAACAAACUUGCAUCCACUGGUUUGGGUAGCCUUACUAAUUAGUAUUCCCAUAAGUAUUAGGAGGAAAAUUAUUUGGUCAUAAGAUCAUAUAAUGUUAAUGGAAUAAGCAAGAUAAUUAAACCAAGCUAUAUAUAUACACUGCAGGUGUUUUUGUUUGGUUGUUAAUUAACAGUUAUGAGCACGUUCUGUUUCUCUGUACAUAUUUAUAUAUGUAGCCAAUUCUAAUC